AUGUUAGCCCCGCAACUCGGGGUGCCUCUAAUGUUGUACCUAACCUUAAGCCCUAAGUCCAUAGGGGCAUUAUUGGUCAAAGAUGUAGAUGGAGUAGAACACCUGGUAUAUUACAUCAGCCGGAAGAUUCGAGGAGCAGAAGUUCGGUAUACUCUGGUAGAAAGACAUUGUUUAGCUUUGGUAUUCAUCGCCCAAAAGCUCAGACAUUACUUCUUAGCACAUCAGAUUCAGAUUGUUACCAGAAUUGAUCCAAUUCGAUACCUCCUCAGCAAGCCUGCUCUAACCGGGAAGGUGGCAAGAUGGUUGUUAGCACUGGGUGAAUUCGAGAUCACAUGUGUAGUUCCUAAGGCGAUCAAAAGGCAAGCCUUAGCCGAUCUCUUUGCCCAAUUUCCAAGUAGUGACUAUGAGCCAAUGAAUGAAGAAUUAAGAGGAGAAAUGCAUGCAGCCAUGCUUUCCAAGGAAAGCUUUUGGACAUUGAGUUUUGAUGGGGUAGUAGCCGGAGGGAAAUGUGGAACCGGGAUAGUCCUUACAAGCAAAAAUGCAGAAAAAUUGUAUUUAUCUUAUAAACUGGACUUCCAUUGUUCGAAUAAUGAAGCCGAGUAUGAGGCUCUCAUUUUGGGCUUAAUAGCAGCUGAGAAGCACAGUAUCAAGAAGAUUCAAAUUCAGGGGGACUCAAAGCUAAUAGUGAAGCAAGUUUUGGGACAGUUUGUCUUAAAAGAGCCUGCCUUGGCCACAUACCGCACGACAGUCCAAAGGCUUCUUGACAAAUUUCAGAAUGUCGAAAUAGAGCAUGUGCCUCACUCCGACAACAAGUUUUCAGAUGCCCUCACAAUACUAGUGGUAAGAGUUGACAUUCUCGAGGAGGAGGCGACAAUUGUUAUCAAGAAGAGAACAGAGCCUUCAACAAUACCCGAGGACAAAGACCUUCCAGAGAACUGGAGAGGAGAAGUCCUCGACCAACUCUGA